GGUGGCGGCCCCGGAAGCGCGGGGCCGUGGGAGCCAUGGCAGCGGCAGCGGCGGCUCCGGGACCUGCCCGUGGCGGCCUGGCGGCGCGGCUGCGCCUGCUGUGCCAGCGCUACCAGGAGUACGUGAGGCGACACCCGGCCGCCACGGCCCAGCUGGAGGGCACCGUGCGGGGCCUCUCCUACCUGCUGCCAGGUCGCUUCUCGGACUCCUACGCGCUGUCCGAGCUGGUGUACUCUGCCUCCAACCUCCUUGUGCUGUUAAAUGACUGGAUUCUCCGGAAGGAGCUGCAGCAGAGCCUGCCCAUGUCGCUGCCCCAGCAGAAGCUGCUGACCUGGCUGAGCGUGCUAGAAUGCGUGGAGGUCUUUGCAGAGAUGGGGACAGCCAGGGUGUGGGGGGAGAUGGGCCGGUGGACCAUCAUUGUCCUCAUCCAGCUGGCUAAAGCUAUCCUUCGUCUCCUUCUCCUGCUGUGGUACAAAGCUGGCAUCCAGACGUCUCCUCCCAUCGUGCCGCUGAAUAGGGAGCAGCAGCAGCCUCUCCGCCCUCAAGAUGGGGAAGACAACUCCUUGGGAAGGGAUCAGACCUAUAUUGGCAAGCGUUCCAGCCGUGUCGUGCGCUCUCUCCAGAGCACCCCAUCCCUGCAGUCCCGGCACUGGGGAUCCCCCCAGCAGAGGGAGGAGUCGCAGAGCCGAAGAGCAGAGGAGGUGAACCAGACUCCCACCCCUCUGGGUCUCCAAGAAACCAUCGCAGAAUCCAUCUACAUUACGCGUCCUCUCCUCCACCUAUUGAGUUUAGGAGUGUGGGGCCAGAGAUCAUGGAAACCCUGGCUCCUUUCAGCGGUCCUGGACAUCUCGAGUUUGAGUUUGCUGAGUGAUCUGAAAGACCUGAACAGGCGAGAGCGAGCAGAGCUGAGGCGACGAACCAUCCUACUGCUGUACUACCUGCUGAGAUCGCCUUUCUAUGACCGAUAUUCAGAGGGUAGGAUCCUCCUCCUUCUGCGCCUGUUGGCCGAUUAUGUGCCUGGACUUGGCUUUGUCACACGGCCACUGAUGGAUUACUUGCCUGCUUGGCAGAAAAUCUAUUUCUAUAACUGGGGCUGAUGAGAAGAUGAUUAUUCUCUGCUAAGAUCGUGGCUGGACAUUUCUAAGGAGGGCAAGCAGGCUGGGGGAGGGAUGUUGAUAAUGUCUAAUUUUCAGUUAAACCAUCAAUGAGAAGCUCCUGUUCUGCAGGGUGGGGUGAGGGGUGUAUGUAAUCUUUUUAACAAAUCUAGCUGUGAAUGAUGGACACUACAUGCGUGAAGAGACCCUGGCCACCUUUCUCUGGGCCGUUCUGUGGCUGCAGCGAUGGUGAUGGGGCAACCUCUUUUUUUUUUUUUUUUUUUUUUUUUUAAGCACUUCAAUUUUCUCCUUUUGUACGGCUGCACUAUAAUAAAGCCAGGCAGCACAGCGGUUUUUGGAGAGCAUUGUCUCCCACCUCAUGGCGCCGAGACUGACCUGCAGCCUGCUUGUGUUGGCCGUGCCUGGCAGAUCUGCUUGGAGCGGCCUUGUCUGUCAAAUAAACACUUAAUGGAAAGAACUGA